AUGAAGAAUAAUUACUUUGAUAAUAAUUCCCAUAAAUAAUAAUAGUAGCAAUUCAUUUCUACUCCUUGUAAGAAUGAUAAAUUUGAUUUAUCUGAUGACCAAAUUCUUAAUUCUAAUAGAAAGAUCGAUGAUCCAUUCCAUUCUUACUGCUAGAAUAAUCUUUCUCCUAUCAAUAACUUUCAAUUUAUGGCUAAAACUCAUUUCAUGGCAUCACCUAUAUAGCAAAAUAACAAGAGCUAUAAAAAUAUGAAGAAUGUUUUUAGUCCUGCUCCUGUUUCUCAUAAUGCUUAAUAUGGUAAAUACCCUCCUAUAGGAUAUAACCCAGUUCAUAUGAUUCCACCACCAAUUCACCAUCACGAAUAUGGUCAUUUACAAAAAGAUGAAUUUGACUCAGAUUAUCAUUAGCACUACCCACAUGGCCAUAAAGCAGCGACUACCCCUGUCAUAAGUAAGCAAUAACCUAUUAUAUUGCUUAACGGAAAACCUGCUAACUACCCAUCUAGCAAGCUUUCUCAUUUUGCCAACCAACCAUUAAACGAAAACCACAGUAACUACUAUGUCUACUAGUCUCCUGUAUUUAAAAUGACUUUCAACAACAAAAACUAGUUCGAAAAAUUUAUUGAUUCAGAUUUUAAUAAAGUGUAUGUUGAUGAUUUCUAACUUUAAAGCUGUGGAACUAAAUAAGUAAUUCCUAAGCCAUAAGACUCUGAAAAUGAAAACCAUCAAAUAUCUUAUAAAAGAGUGAUUCAAUUUCAUGACGAAAAUGAUGAUGAGUGCUAAGAAGAAUAAAGAUAAGAUGAAAAAAACUAAAAGAAAAGUGGGCCUUCUAUAAUGAAUGCCAAAAAUCCAGUAAAAAAAGGAGAUGUUUAAAAUUCACAUAAGUCAUACAAUCUAUUUGAAGAAAAUAACAAUAUUCAAUAAAAUGCAGCCUUAUUUGAUUCUUAGAAUACAUAAAUGACUUUCAAUCCUUACAAAAAUAGUCAAAGUAGUUAAAUCAGCGACAAUGCUACUACAGUUAAGAAAAACACAGACUUGCAAAUUUAAUCUUCAGAUUUUAUUUAAACUGCAGAAAAACCUUAACAGUAGCAAAAGCGUAAACUCUUUGAGUCUCCUCAAAGGAAUGAUGAUAGAGAUUUACACACUCCUUCUACUAAAAAGAAGUCUAGUUAGCUUCUUACUGGAAAUAACUAAAUUACAUCAUAACUUAGCAAAAAGAAAGAGGAUAAAGUUGAAUAAAAGAAGCAAUCAAAAAAAGAUAAGCUUCUCUAGCUUGAAAAUGAAUAGAUUUAACUUUCCUCCAAAAAAGCUGAGAGCCAAAAUAUUGAGGAGGAGGAAGAAGAGGAAGAAAAUUUAAAAAAUCCUCCUAUUGAAAAAUCUACUGCUGAGAAGGAAGAUGAUCAUGAAAAUAUGCAUGAAGAUGAAGACCAUAUUGAAAAACAAUCUAAUUCUUCAGGGGACUCUAAUUUAGCUCCAUACACAGCUCAAAACUCUUCAAUAAAACCUGCUAAUCAUGCAGAAGAUAGAAAAAUUUGUUGUAACUGCAAAAGAACAAAAUGUUUAAAAUUAUAUUGUGAAUGCUUUGCUGCUUCAAGAAUGUGUGAAGGUUGUACUUGCUAAGGUUGCUUUAACAAACCUGAAUUCGAAGCAAUGAGAAAAGAGGCUAGGUAAGCUAUCCUUGAAAGAAAUAAUAGUGCUUUUGAUCCAAAGAUUGAUAGUUAAAGUAAACUCAAAUAAUUAUGCAAUGAAGAAGGAGUUGACAACGAAUAAAAGGUACACAGCAAAGGGUGUAACUGUAAAAAGAGUAACUGCCUAAAGAAAUAUUGUGAGUGUUAUUAGUUGGGAGUUAAGUGUACUAAACUUUGUAAGUGUGAUAAUUGCAGAAAUAAUAUUAACCAUCCUCAUUCUCAUGAAGAACCAGAUUCCAGAUUGAAUGCUACUCCUUCAGCUUCUAAUAUCUUAACAAGCACAGGAAAGGUUCCUUAAAAUCAUCGUUCCCAACCUAACUAAUUAAAUUUAGCAUAAAAUGAAUAUUCCUAAUAUAAUUAAUAUAAUUAUUACUAUGGUUAAGAAAAUUACUAACCUUACUACUACUAGUUACCUUACCCUUAUUACUACAAUGACUAUUAUAUGAUUAAUCAAGAAGAAUAAGGUGAAAAUUCUGCUGGUCCUCAUAUCCUUUCUCAUUACGAACACCCAUACUAAUAUGGAUAUGAUCAUUACAAUUUCCCAUAAGGUCCCCAUUAGUAAAAUGGUAAAAACAGCAAAAAAUAUCCUCCAUAAUAUCCACAAUCAGCAUACUAGUAUGAAUAACUAUCUAAUAGAAAGAGAGGAUUAAAGUAAGGUAACUACUACGAUGAAUAGUAAUACUACGAUAACUAUGGAUAUCCUUAUAUGCCUUAUCCUGAAAAGAAAAGAAAACAAGCUCCUGCUGAUGAAAAACUAUUGGAUGCUCAAAAUAUAGUUAAAGAAUCCAACGAUGAGCUUGGCGUAAAUAAAGAAAUUAGUGAUCAAUAGGUAUCAAAGCAAUUUAUUUCUCCAAGAUUUAAAGAAAAUUCCAUGAAUGAAAUUCAAGAAGAACAACAAGUUUAAAUUAAAAAGGAGGAAAUUUAAUUCAAAAAAGAUUAAAAGAUAUAGAAAAUUAAGCUUGAAUAUGACAGCUCUAUAAAACAAAAGCUGAAAAAAGAAGAAAUUGAAUAAGUCAAAACAAUUAAUGAAGCUAUUGAAGAAGAAAAUCUUGAAAAUGGAGAAUAAAUUGAGGAAAAUCAAAAUAGCAAAUCUUUGGAAGAAUAAGAUUUACAUUAACAAUAAAUUGAAAAUUUAUAGUAAAGUGAUGCUGAAGAGGAUAUAGAAAGUGAAGAAAUUCAAAAUACCAUAAACUAAAAGACUAAAAAGUAACCCGCUAAAAAAGAGGAUAAAAAAAGCAAAAAAAGUAAAAAGGAAAAUGUCUCCUUAAAUGUUGAAAUCACCAAAUCUCCCCAUAAUACAAGAAAAAACCAAAAUUCAAAGAUUUAAGAAGACAAACCAAAGCAAUAAGCCAGCCAAAAGUAGUCAGCAAAAAAAGCUGCAGUUCCUACUAGUUCCAACAAGAAAAAAGAUAAAAAAAGUAUUUAAAAAGAAGAAGUUGAAGAAAAGCAACUCCCCUCUUCUAAUUCAAAAAGAUCUAAUUCAAAAAAACAAAAAAAUGUUUCUUGA